ACUUCAGUUAGAUUUUUGCUUUGGGUUGCGCCUGGCCAAGUGACAUACACACGCGAAAAAACAAAUUACCAGCUAGCUUACGCUGUACGGUGUUAAAAUUUUUUUUUAGUGAACUCAAUAUUCUUAUUAAUAAUCAUAAUCCAAGGUGGAUAUACAUAGAUAAAUAAGUAGAAAAGUAAAAAAUAGCAGCGAUAUCCAAAACGAAGUAACCUCGAUAUGUGUAUAAAAAAUAUAUUUAUCAAGUUGGUUUUUUUUAGCAAAAAAACGCCUUUCUUGUAGAAUUUAAGUUUUCUUUAGAAUUAAAGUCUCUAUCGCCGAUUUCGUUUCGUUUAUUUCGGCUUUCGGUUUUAGCUUCUUCGGUUUUUUCGCGUGCGAAUAUAAACUGUAAAAGUGCAAAAAAACUUCAGUUAUGAAAUAUUCAGUCGAGCGUUUAUAGUAAAUAUCUUGGCUCCCAAACCACCAGCGUACAUAGAGCAAAUAACAGCGCAGCUGUCAGACUUGGAAGUGGAAAGUGGCAGCCGCUGUUGGAGAGGAGGACUACGUACAACAUACAUACAUAAGUACAUACUAACCAACGUGUGUCGAAGGCGCGUGUGUGCGGAAGGCGUGUACAAAAAAACACCCACCAAUCCAUCGAUUCAGAAAACACCCACAACAACAGGGCCAAAAGCUGCUGCGUGAAAAUUAUAUGGUAAAAUAACAAUAUUACCACAAGCAGUAGCAAAAUUAGUUAACAAAACGAAAGUAGAAGUCUAUUAGGGGCAAUAAAUGUAAAACCACAACAGGAAUAAAAAUAACUGUGAAUAGAUUUUCACAAAAAAGUAAACGCAAAACUAUCUAUAGCUAGUAGCGAGAAAACACUAAACGUCGGUCUAGGUACAACAACAACAGCAGCAGCAGCAGCAGCAGGAAUCAGUGCAAAUCACCGCUUCAAACCUAGGAACAAUCCAAUAGGGCAUAGACAAAUACUAGCACAGUUAGCACAAUGGCCUUAAUUAUGAAAUACAUUGACAGUAUGCAAAGAUACAUGGACUCACAUGGUGAUUCAAGGACGAAGGAUUGGCCGAUGAUGUCAUCACCAUUCCCAACACUAGCAGUAUGCCUCACAUAUGUCUAUUUAGUCAAGGUGCUGGGGCCACGAUUAAUGGAGAAUCGUAAACCAUUCCGCUUACAAAACACACUGGUAUUCUACAAUGCAGUGCAAGUGAUAUUUAGUGCAUGGCUAUUUUAUGAGUGUUUAAUGGGCGGCUGGUGGGGUCAUUACAGCUUUAGAUGUCAGCCAGUGGAUUAUAGCGAUGAUCCCACUACGAAGCGUAUGGUACACGCGUGUUGGUGGUACUACUUUUCCAAAUUCACCGAGUUCUUGGAUACGAUCUUCUUUGUGCUACGCAAGAAGACGAGCCAAGUCACAACGCUGCAUGUCAUACAUCACGGCUGCAUGCCGAUGUCCGUCUGGUUUGGUGUCAAGUUCACACCAGGUGGUCACAGCACUUUCUUCGGCCUGCUCAACACAUUCGUGCACAUCAUUAUGUACACGUAUUACAUGUUUUCAGCCAUGGGUCCACAAUACCAGAAAUAUUUGUGGUGGAAGAAAUAUCUGACCACUCUGCAGAUGGUACAAUUUGUGCUGAUCAUGGUGCACGCCUUCCAAUUGCUCUUCAUCGACUGCAAUUAUCCAAAGGCGUUCGUUUGGUGGAUCGGCAUGCAUGCGGUGAUGUUCUUCUUCCUGUUCAAUGAAUUCUACAAGAACGCCUACAAGGGACGUCGCACGAAACACAAAAAUUUAUUGAUGUUCAUUUUGCAGCGCAAAGAGAAGGACGACGACGACUUGGAUGUGCAGAAAACGAAUAAAGCCGUGACGGAGGAGCAGCAGAAAGCGUCACUCACAAAUGGCCACAUCAGCAAUGGCGUAGUCAGCAAUGGCAGCCUUGCCAAUGGACUGACAAAGAAUGGCUAUAAAAUGGCAUCGACGUCGCUGCUGGCCAACGGCAGUGGCACCACCUUGAAUGGCAGCAUCAAGCCGACGACGGCGAAUGGCAGCUUGCACAAAAAUGGCGAUGCGCCGCUGCUAGUCAAUGGUCAUAGCAAAAUGGGCGUUGAACUGUCGACACAGCUGACGCAGAGAAAAUUGCAGCAACAACAAAAAUAAUAUAGGGCAAAAGGCAUAGCAGCCAAUGCGACAGCAACUGCAACUGCAACUGCAACUGUAAUAGCAACAGCAACAACGACAGCGACAGCGACGGUGACGGCGACGACAGCCGCAACUAAGCUAACAACACAAAAAAAUAAAAAAACACAAAUACAAAUACAAAAACAAAACAAAGCAAAGAAAAAAACAUAAAAAUACAA